GGUGAUCAGCAACCUUUCUUAUUAUUAUCUUCUUUAUGAACUGGGAUUUGCAACAUCCGAACUGGAGGACAUGCCUUGCCAAUGAAACGCACCUUAGUCCAACAUGGGUCUUGGACCAGUCUCUCUGAAUAAGGCUAAUCUGGCGACUCAAUGUUUAUGCAUAUCUCUAGUUACAGCCUUUGUCGUGCUUCGCUUCUUGAUACGGUUUCAUUUAAAGCAGCGCCUUGUUCUCGAAGACUAUUCUUGCUUGAUCGCAUGGGUUUUAACCAUCGCGUUUUGCGCUAUCGCCCUGACAAUAGGGGAAACCUGGAAAGGAUACCAACAGGCUAAUGUAAAAGAGCAGGAGAUAGCCCUAAUAACAUUGUACUACUGGGUCCUGGCUCUUCUCUAUGGGGUCGCAGUCCUAUUUGUCAAGAUUGCCCUCCUCUCUAUCCUGGGCCGCAUUUUUGCCUCCUACCCAUAUCUGGUUUAUUUCCUUGAUACCUAUAUCUUAGUGUUAUGUCUUUACUAUGUGCUAUUGCUAUUCCUCAAAGCCUUUUCCUGUUCACCGCCGUCAAAAUUUUGGGAAGGGAGGGAGGAAGAUGGGAGUUGUCUUGGUAUAAGGGGUUUAUACUUGGCCGACGCCAUUUUCAGCGUCAUCAGUGAUGCCAUCAUUCUAAUGAUACCAAUUCCGUUGGUUUGGCGGCUGCAUUUACCUCUUCGCAAGAAAGUCCAGGCCGCCAUACUACUCGGCGCAGGAGGUCUUGCGAUCGCCUUUAGUAUUUACAGAGUGGUUCUAAUUGCCCAGAAGGCCCACCCUGAAGACAAAGUGUACUACCGUAUGCAACUGGUUUUGACUGGGAAUGCUGAAUUGAGCCUGGGGUUAAUUUGUGCCUGUCUUCCCUCAGUGAACAUCUGUAUAUCACUCUUCUCUUCUUGCUAAAUAAAUUAUACUGUUUUAAUAACAAAGG